AUGGGAGAUAUGAAGACGCCAGACUUCGAUGACCUGCUGGCGGCCUUCGACAUCCCCGACAUGGUGGAUCCUAAAGCUGCUAUUGAAUCUGGCCACCACGAUGACCAUGAUAGUCAGCUCAAGCAACCCAGUGGUGGAGUGACAACCAAUGAAGACGAGGCCCACAAUUCUUCGACAGGACAUGACGUUGGUGUGAGUGUCAUUGUCAAGAACAUUCGAAACAUGGACACCAGUGAGCAUGGUUGUACCACAUCAGAGAAGGAUGGUCAUUUCCACUCCCAUUCUGUUAGUAUUGGUAAUGGACCUCAUAAUAGCUUCUUACCAACCUUACCAGCUGGUACUCAUUAUAAGAAAAAUGGAUGGACAGCCCCCAGGGAGGACGGACAUCCAGUUACCAACUCAUCAUCUACCUUAAAUCAGUUCAGUCCUAUCUCAAGUGCUGAGGAGUUUGAUGAUGAUGACAAGAUUGAGGUAGAUGACCCUGUGGAGAAGCAGGGCAGUCAGGCAUACUUUAGGUCAACUACUAAGAAGGAGGAGCAGAAUCCCAAAUCUCCUGGAUCCUUGGACAAUAUUUCCAAGCCCACAGCAAACAGAGACCUAAAACCAGACCAAAACAACAACAACAAUGCCACUUUGGGAGGUUCCAAGUUUAAUAGCACUGCUCAAUCAAGUUUGCCUGAGGAGGAACCCAAGGAAAUUGUACUCAAAUCUGAAAGUCAGGGGUGCAAAGAAGCUGGCGAACCAUCAGUGGUUAGUAAUGUGUGCAGUAUCUCCCAGAUCAAAGUUAAGUCCUCUGCAAAACUUUCCUCUUGUAUAGCAGCCAUAGCAGCCCGCAGUGCCAAAAAGGCAAGUGCUACAGACUCGGGUGUUUUGGAUUCUCCUACAACACAGAAAGAAUUCAUCCAGGCAAAUGAAAAUCCUAAAGCUCCAGAGAAGCCACAAGAGCAGGAGUCAGCCCUGGAGUUUGCAAAAAGACUGCUUUCAAGACAACCGGACAGUCCCUCUAGUGUCACCAGUGAAGGUGAAACUAGUAAAGGUUCUCCUACCUCAAGCACAGACACCACUCCAGUCAUCCCAAAGGUCAGGAUCAAAACAAUCAAGACCUCAACCGGACAAAUCAAGCGUACAGUCACACGAGUCCUCCCAGAGUUUGAUCUUGAGGGUCUGAAAAGAGGAGACAGUUCCAAUAGCACAUCUGUCUUGGCUACCACCAGUGCAAUUUUCUCGUCUCCCACUAGGUCCACUUUGCCAACCACAGUAGUAGCCACCAGUGGAGGCCCUUCAAUUGAAAUCACCAAGCAGGUGACUAUUAAACCUGUGGCAACAGCCUUCCUGCCAGUCUCUGCUGUCAAGACCGCCGGUUCCCAAGUCAUCAACUUGAAGCUAGCUAACAACACCACAGUCAAAGCAACAGUCAUCCCCGCUGCCUCAGUGCAAAGUGCCAGCAGUGCCAUCCUUAAAGCAGCUAAUGCUAUCCAGCAACAGACUGUCAUGGUACCUGCCUCCAGCCUGGCUAAUGCCAAACUACUGUCAAAGACAGUCCAUCUUAGUAACCUCAAUCUUCUGCCUCAGACUGUGUCCUCUGCUGCCUAUGAUCUCCAACGGGCCUUGUCCUCCUCUAAACAAUCCCAGCAUCAACAAUCACAACAGCAUAAAAUUAUUGCUGGCCAGCCCUCAAAGAAAGUCUCCAGGGUUAAAGUGUUCACCAGCUCUCAAAGUUCUGUAGUGGAUGCCUUCAAUAAAGUCCUGAGUAGCCUAAAUCCCGUCCCUGUUUAUGUCCCAAACCUCUCUCCACCAACUUCAGCAUGUAUCUCUCUACCCUCUCGUGGCUACAAGUGCCUGGAGUGUGGAGAUUCCUUUGCUCUUGAAAAGAGCCUGACCCAACACUAUGAACGUCGCAGCGUGCGGAUCGAGGUCACCUGCAACCACUGUGCCAAAAGUCUAGUGUUCUACAACAAAUGUAGCCUUUUGUCUCAUGCCAGGGGGCACAAGGAUAAAGGAGUUGUCAUGCAGUGCUCGCACCUAAUCUUAAAACCCAUCCCUGCAGAUCAGAUGAUAACCACAUCAGGAUCAUCCGGCAUUACCACCACCACCACUACCUCCACCUCUCAAGCACAGGCACCCGCUGGUCAAAUCCCAGGGAAAGUUGCUGGCGGUGGGUCUCAAACUACAGUAAUUUCGGCUCCAUGUAGUGCUCCUAAUGUGGCAGCCAUGCCCUUGGAGGAUGAUGCAUCAAAGCUCUGCAGGCACAGCCUAAAGUGUUUGGAGUGUAAUGAAAUGUUCCAGGAUGACAACUUGCUAGCCAUGCACUAUCAACAAGCACCAGAGUCCAAUGGGCAGAAAACCUGCACUAUCUGCCAAAUGCUUCUCCCAAAUCAGUGCAGCUUUCUGUCACACCAGCGGAUCCACCAGCACAAGUCUCCUUACAUCUGCCCUGAGUGUGGUGCCAGCUGCCGUUCUGUCCAUUUCCAGUCCCAUGUCACCAAGAACUGCUUGCAUUACACCCGCAGAGUCGGAUACCGCUGUAUCCACUGUAGUGUGAUCUUCGCUGAUAUUGCAACUCUUAAGUCCCACAUCCAGAGUAAUCACUGUGAGGUCUUCUAUAAAUGUCCUCUUUGCCCCAUGGCCUUCAAAUCUGCGCCUGGAACACACUCCCAUGCAUACACACAGCAUCCAGGGGUGAAAGCAGGAGAGCCCAAGGUGAUACAUAAAUGUUCCAUGUGUGAUACCGUGUUCACUCUGCAGUCCCUGCUCUACACACACUUCGACCAGCACAUCGUCAACCAUAAAGUUUCAGUGUUCAAAUGCCCCGACUGCUCCAUGCACUAUGCCCAGAAACAGCUCAUGUUGGACCAUAUCAAGGCUAUCCAUGGGACCCUGAAGACCAUCGAGGGUCCACCAAACUUGGGUAUCAACCUCCCUCUGAGCACCAAGCCUACUAAUUUAAACAGCACCAACAGCAACGGCCCCGUUAAUAACAACAAAGAUGGAGGAAAUGUCAAUGUUCGUGACAAGGGAGAAAAAGCCCUGCUAAAGAAAACUAACUGCUCAAGUGACCUCAAGAACACUCCUGGCUCGGGAUACACAUGUGGGGACUGCAAUACCCUCUUCAAUUCCAGGGAGGUCUAUGUGGCUCACAUGAGGCGAGACCAUGGCAAGAUACUGAAGAAGCACCCAUGUCGACAGUGCGACAAGUCUUUUAGUUCUUCCCACAGUCUUUGCCGACAUAACCGUCUCAAACACAAGGGGCUGCGCAAGGUCUACACCUGCCCGCACUGUCCAGCUCUCAGUCAGCCAUUCACUAAAAGAGUGCUGCUGGAUCAGCACAUUCAGCUGAUGCAUGGAGUCAAAGACCCAGAGGGAAAGACUGCAAACUCCGAUAAUAUGGAUGUUUCAUCUGCCAAGAAAACGGUAUUCCCCAAGAGGAAGCCACAAGAGGAUGAGGGGUCUCCAGGCUUACACUCCAGGGGCUCUGACUCACAGCCACUCAAGAGGCUCAAAGUGAACAUCCUCAAAGUUCACAAGUGUGCCGUCUGCGGCUUCACCACUGAGGACAUUGCCGCUUUUCACAAGCACAUUCCCCAGCACAAGUCUGAUGGCUCGUCCUACCAGUGUCAGGAGUGCGGACUCUGCUACACAUCCCACCGUUCGCUGGCCCGACACCUUUUCAUCGUUCAUCGGCUGAAGGAGCCACAGGGUCUCGCUCGAUACAACGGGCGGGGCAAAGACGAUGACGAGAGUCAAAGAGAGAACCAGUUAGAUGUUACAGAUGAGAACGAUGACGGGACACCAAACACCAAAUGUAAAGUGUGUGGGAAGUUGUUUGAAACUGAGGGAAACCUGAAUACUCACAUGAGGACACAUGGGAUGGCGUUCAUAAAGUCAAAGAGACUAAGUGCAGCUGAGAAGUGA